UGUGCCAUUAAUUAAGGAAAAAAUUAACUGUGAUAGCUUAAGUUAAUGAGAAAAAUGUUUGAUAUUGUGGUAUAUGCCCAGUGUUAAAGGCAACCUUUGGUAUUUCAACAGCGACUCCUCCCGCCGUGGCAACGAUGACCCCAUCUGGCUCAGUCCUCUCGACUCAGCAGAUCACUUGGUCUUUGACUUUCGACAUGGAGCCCAUACUGGCAACAACACCCAGGUACAUCCGGUUCUUCAACGACGCGGGCACGGAGGUGCACGCUAUCGACACCAGUUCCUCUGACCUCCAGCUGUCCGGAAACACCCUCAGCUUCACCACGGCUCCGAACGUGUUCGCGGCAGGCGGCCACUACAUCCUGGUGGACCAAGGUGUGGUGAUGAGCCCGUCAUCAGGCUGCGCGACCGGCGGUCCUGCCUUUGCCGGCAUCAGCGACAGCAGUACCUGGACAUUCAACGCCAGGCCUUGCCCAGAAGGCUAUGAUUACCAAUUCGGCAUCCAGAAGUGCCUGCACCUGCACAGACGUCCCAUGACGUACCUUGACGCUAGGGCCUACUGCCAAAGCAGGGGUGGCGGAAUCUUUCAGCUCGACGACGCAGCAGACGUGAGCAGGGUGAAGGCCGCCCUGGCAGGUCGCAGGGUGGGUAUGUGGGUCGGUCUGACUGAUGAGGUAACCGAAGGGACCUUCGUGUGGGAGGCCGGCACCGCACUGGCCAGCGGGGACUUCACGGACUGGGCCGGUGACGGGUUCGACCAUAACGGCCGAUUCCGCCACUGCGUGCAGAUGAAACGGAAGUUCCAGUGGCGAUGGGUGGUGCGCAGCUGCAGGAGGGCGAGAAGCCUCUUCUUCUGCCAGCCCUGAGCCCUGGACUAGAAACUUCUUUUUUUACAUACAGUAGAAGCCUGUUAAUUGCACAGCGGAUUAUCGCACACUUCUGUUUAUUGCACGGAAUCACAAAUAUCCCAAACUAGUGGGGUCCUUAUAUCCAGGCAGAGCAUGCCUGUGCCAUUAGAUAGUACUGUAAAUGCAGAAAUGUUCGCUGUGGAUUAAUGUGAUGAUUUCUAUAAUGGUAUUAGACUGCAGUCUAUGAUUUUACCGCAAAAUUAAAACCACCGCGAAUAGUCCUUUUCCCGCUACCGCGAAAUUAAAUCCCCGCAUUUACAGUAUCAAAGCCCUGGGCAAGGAGUAUAGCUGACCAAAGGGAGUCAGAUGGGUUAAGCAGGCUCCUUGGCCAGCUUUGAUACUAUCUUAUGAUCUCUUAAGGGCACCGGCAAAUCUGCCUGGAGAUUAUGGGGUCCACUUUGAACCACCCGGAUAACUGCACGAAAUACACUGGCAAAUGGGGCGUGCAAUAAAACGGCUUCUACUGUAGCUGACAGUCAUCAGGUCGGCACAUCAAUCUUGAAAACAUCCUUGCCUUCUUUUGUACUACACCACCGUAUUUUUCCGCAAUUAUAAAGUAACGUUUCAACUGUCUGACUACUGCUGUCUUCAUCACUCACAAACAUUUUGUACCUUGCACCAAUAGGACAAAUUUAAUUUGCAUUGUUUACUUUGGGGGCAAUAGCACAGGUCUAUUUCGUACUAAUAUGACAACUUCACUUGUUACUGUUAACACAAUGUAAUUUUACAAUGAUGAAGACAGCAUACAGACUGUUGAAACUUUUGUAUACCAGAAAAAUUAAGUUGUGUACUAGCAAAAUUAUGUUGGUAAAAUUCCUUUUAUGUAUUUCUUCGUUUUGGAGAUAAUAACGUCAUCAUCAGAUAUAAAACUUUAACACGGACUCUAUUAUACGUUUUUUUCUGCUGCAACUUCACUACUCAUCACCCCAAUCAACCAUUAUGAAUCAUUUGAAUAAAAUCUCUCGAUGGUCUCUGUCAUGAAACUCAACUUUCAAAUGAAAAUCCUAAUUUUCUCUGACGGUGGCUUGGAAGACACUUAAAUUGCUUGGUAAUAGAAAUAUUUCUUAGCUUUCACCAUUUCUUAGGAGACUAGAUCUCACAGCUACUUUACCUGGAUUCAUAUUACUCUUAACGACAACAAUACACACGAAGCGUAGAAAUUUGCUCUAUAUAUAACAGUUACUAUGAAAUUUGUUGAGUGCUCUGUCAAAACCAAUUGUCACUUUUUAUCUUCCGAAUGAAAAUUUCAAAAUUUAUGAGGUCCCUGAAACUCUUGUUGUAUAUACGCAGGUGAAUAUAUUAAAAGUAUUCUAUGCAU